AUGAUAUUUCGUGUGAACGAUAUUAAUAAUAAUCAAUUUGGAAAACUGAAGCGUCUCUUUGGAACAAUUAAUAGUUUAAAUGAAAAGCUAUUUAUUAAAAUAAAACCUGAAAAAAUUAUUAAGGAUGAUUGGCUCAUCGAUUAUGAUUAUCAUACGCCAUAUGAUUGGUUGAAUUUAAAGCAGCAUGAUUAUCAAAGUCUUUGCGAGAUCGGUCAAAAUAAUAAAUGGUCGCUGUACAUUUGGUCAAGACUUGUACUUUUAUCCAUGUCAGGUUUAGAUAUGAGUCAUAUAUAUGAAAUUGUUGAAGAACUGAAUAAAUGGAUGGUGAAAAUGGAACAUGAAAAAUAUAAAGAGAAUGAUCCAUUAACAACUAUUUUUAUUAAUGGUGUGUUUGAAAAUCUUAUCUUCACGCAGAGUAAAUCGCUGCUAUCACUUCCAAAUAUUCAAUCAAUGAUUCAGUACAUUAUGGAUGCUCGAAAUGCUAAAUCACCUUGGAUAAAUACAAAAACAGUAGGCGAAUUCGAAGAAACUGUGCAGCAAUCUAUUCGAACUGUUCUACUUCUAGAAGGUAAAUCAAUGUACUUGUUUCUUAGAUUUUUAGGAAUAAGUAAUGUCAACAAAGUUGAUCCUUUACACUACAAAUUUCCAUUAACAAUAUCACAUAUCAAUACGAUUAUGGGCGCACAAAAUCCUAAUGAUAUUAAUAUUUCUGAAAUCGAAUCAAAAGAAGACUUUUUUAUUCGUUUUAUAAAACAAGCAAAUAACUGGCUAGAUUGGUUUGAAAAAUUUGUUGAUAUUUUUUUAUAUAUUAUUGAAUGGUUAAAAAAUCAUAAAAUGGAAAAAGCUGAUGAAUUAUAUCGUGAAAUGUGCUUUGCUAGAAGUGAUCCUACAUUAACUUUUUCUAGAAUGAAAUCACUUAUUCAAGAACUCUUGAAAAUUUUCGAAUCUUUGAAUCACCUACCACGUUUAUGUGAUUUAUUUAAUUGUACACAAUCAUUUGAAAUAAUUAAUCCUGGAACUUUAAGUGCUUCAGAUCAAUAUGGAUCUUUUAUAACAGAAACAAAACGCUUUCGUCCUAAUGAUGUUUUUAAAAUUCCUGCCAAUACUGCUGGUGAAGAACUUCUUUAUAUCGAUGAUCGUCGCCAUGUUCGUUGGUCAUUUGCAUGCGAACAAAAGCUCUAUGAUAUUAUAGUGGAGUUUCACUUAGAAGGAUGCAUUGAUGAAGUCUUUCGAUUACAUGAAGCAAUAAGUCUUUCUCCAAAUCAAGGCGUUCUGAGAGGAGAAUUUAAGACACAACGCAGUGGUCACUUAAAAAUAAAAGCUACCAAUCACAAUAAAGAAUUUCAACAUACAUUGUGGUAUCAAAUGAAAAGUGAUCCUCUAUCAACAUGUCAUCUAUUUCACGGUAUCUUUCAUAAUCAUUAUCAAAAGUAUUUCAGUUCAUCAGAUACAAUCAUUAAAAAAAAUGAUCUGAUCAAAUUAAUUGAAAAAGUAUUUUCGUUCAUCGAUCAUUUAUUAGAUGGAAGUAUAAGUUUAGCUGAAAUGGACGAGCUUCGAACAGUUUUUUAUGAUAAAAAUAUUAAUGUUCGUGCAGAGGUGCAAAAACUAUUCGAAAAUCAAUUAGCUGUCAAUCAUUCAUUAUUGCUACUGAACACUACUUCUAAAACCUUGAGUGAUGAAAAGACUCAACAAAUUUGUAAGUGGGUUCAAACUUAUCAAUAUUAUAGUCAUGUAAAUAUUAUUAUUGAUUGUGUACAAAAAUUUCAUAUUCUCUCUACUGAAAUUAAUGAUCAAUCGAUGCAUCAUUUACAAAACUUAACUAUGGUUAGUGAUCGUUUAUUAGGAGAAAUAUCCGAUACAUAUAAUGAUGUUUAUCGUUGGUUUCAAAAAUUAUCUAACGAACAUUUACAAUUGAUUAAAGCUAUGGUAGCAUAUCCUAAUGUUAUUGAAGUAGUUAAAAAGUCAAAUUUUUAUUCUGCUGAUGGGUUACAUCGAUUUCAGGAAUUACGAGACAAUCUGACUACACAAUUUCAAUUUCAAGAACGAAAUAAUAUGAUUCUUAAUAGUUGGAUCAUUACUUUUACUUUAUGCGAGCCUUUUGUUCAAAAUGCACGCGAUUUAAAAGAAUUCAUUGAUAAUGUAGCUCGUUUGAGACUGAUAGAUGAAAACUCAUGUGAACAUGUUAAAGUUGUGAAUCAGAAUAUUCAAACUAUUAAUUUAUGGUUAUCAACUGAAGAUUCAACAAUGUUAGAUAAUGCCUUAAUUAUGAUGGAACACUUAUAUAAAACAGGUAUUGUUAAUAUUGGUCUUCGACGUUUAAUUAAUGAAGAGUCAUAUUAUAAUAUUGAUUAUUACUUUGAUAAAACAUCUGAACUGAUUGCAAAAAUCAAUGAAAAUGACAAAGAUCAAUUAAAACAACAAGAAUCAAUCAAAUUUACUUUAUCUAUGUCGGAUAUUAAUGAUCACAGACGUCAGUUAACUUUUGGUAUAUCUGACUUGUUAGAUAAUAUGGCUUAUCAAGCGAUUUUACUAGAAGAACAAUUAAAAUUGUUACAAAUGGUAGAAAAAGUUUUUUCACUAUAUCUUAAAUUAGAAGCUUCUGGUCAUCCAGAUUUUCAAUGCUUUGAAGAACAUUAUGAGAUCUGUGAUCUAUAUGGUCAUAUCAAACAAAUUUUAACCAAUAAAAAGGAUCAAUUAGAUUUAGAAUUACAAGAACAACUUAAAGAAAUAAUUAUUGAACGAACUGAACAUUUUGAAUCAAUUUAUCAUCGAUUGACUGGAGAUUAUGAAAAGUGGAUUAAGGAUUUAGAAAAAUAUCGACAUGAGAAUAAAUUAUUAACAUUAUUUUCUAAUCGUCAAAUAAUGAUAAUGAUUAUUCUUUUAACUCAAUCAAUAACAAAUAAUUCAAUUCAACAAAUAUUUUUCGAAAAAGUAAUCAGUGACAAAAAUGUUCAAGCACAUCAAUCAAAAUUAGCAAUUCAAUGUCUAACACAUUACGUACAAUCAUUGAGAAUGCAAAAUUGUAAUUUAACUGAUGUAUACGAACGGUAUAGAAUAGAUCCUGGCUCAAAAACUGAUAAAAGUUUAAACAUAUUAUCGAAAUUCCUUAAUGAAUUAUUUAAAAAUGGAAAAGAAUUAUUUCCAGAGAACAUUAUUUUGACUGAAAAUCAACAAUAUAUCAUCAAAUUGGAUUCAAAUUUAAACGAAAUUGAUUCAGAUUCAUAUUGUAUUUUAUUAAAUAUUUAUCGUGAUUAUUUACCAGCUAACUAUCAAAUUCUUUGGUGUUCAUCAGCCACUGAAGAUGAUAUUCAAUUAUUUUUUUUAAGAGUUCAAUUAUUCCAUAAUUUAACAUUUGUUGUAAUGGAUAUUGAUAAAAUGCAUCAUCGUUUGCGUACAAUUCUUUGGCAAGAACAAGAUUUAUUAAUUAAUCGAGUUGAGCCUCAUGGACCUAUUUAUUAUUUUACACGAGAAUUAAUUACAAAUAGAAAAGGUUUAAGACCUUUUUAUGUAUCACCUAUACAUCGAGAUUCAUCAGAAACUCAUUUACAAUUAAUUCGGUUAAUGAAAAAUAAAAAUAUAAUUUUACCACAAAUUGAUAUUAUUUAUGGUACUGCUGGAAUUGGAAAAACUCAUCAAAUUCGAAAUGAAUAUAGUGAUAAUAAUCUUUCAUGUAUUAGUAUUAACGAUAAGCUUAAUUUAACAGCAUUAAUCAGUUCAUUUCUAUCAAUCGAGUCAAACAAUUCCCAUUGUGAACCUUUGAUUUAUCUGAAUAUUUCUAUUCAUGCACCAUUUGAUCAAUUAAAUCGUGUUUUUUUUCUUUUAUUCAUAUGUGGUUCAUUAAAUGAUAUUACUAGUGGUUUAACAUUCUCAUCAUCGUUACAACAUCCAUGGAAAUUUAUUAUUGAAGUUCCAUUUAGUAAUACAUGUCAAAUUACACCAACAAAACAUUUUGAACAAAUGUUACCAGUACUUUCAAUCUUGUCAUCAAAAACUUUAACAGAAGUGACAUAUGAAAAUUAUCAAUUAUUUAUUGGAGAAGAAGAAGAAUUAGUAGCACGAUUUCUCAAAGCUUAUGAAAGUCAAACAAUUGAUUGUUUAUCACAAAAAAUGUACGAUAGUGACGAUGAUAAACCAGAAAAUGAUGAGCCCGUUGAUUUUGAUCCAUUAGUGGAUGAUGAUGAAUCACGUCAAUAUAUUUAUGAAUGUUUGAAUCAAUAUGUAUCUGAUCUUCCAAGGAAUAAAAUUUUUCAAUUAUCUUUUACAAAGUUUUUAUAUCGGCGUGUUCGAUUCUUUACUGGUUAUUAUUAUCGUUAUAAUUCAUCAAUACCGAAUCUUGGUUCUAUAGCGAUAUCACAAAUGAUAGAAGAAGCAAAGUAUUUAACGCAAGCAGACUUCUCUUCUGAUGAUUAUCAUCGUAUCUAUUUAGUUUAUGAUCCUUAUUUUGCUUUACAUCUUCUACAUAAUGAUUGGGAUAGUGUUCCAUAUUCGUUAAAACGAAUUUUUAAAGAUGGCGAUCCAAAGCGUGAAAUAAUUGAACAGGGAAGAAAUUAUUAUAUUGAAUGUUUAGCAUGGUUAAUUGAUAUAAAGUAUGAUAUUUUUGAAACAAUUAUGAAAGAAACAAAAUUUAUCUUAACAGAAAAUUUUGCAUAUAAAUUAUUUCAUAUUCAUGAAAGAAAAUUAACUAAACUACCAUUAAUUAUUGAAGGAGAAACAGGCGUUGGAAAAACUUUUCUUUUAAAAUUUUAUUCGUCAUUAUUAAAUGCUCAUAUUUCUCAUGGUGACAUUAAUUCAAAUACAACACCAAAAAUUCGAGAACGAACAAGUCUUUGGUUACGAAAUAAAAUUAUCAUAGAUAUUAUACAACAACACUCAAAUUUCUUAAAUGUUAUCUUGCCUAAACUUGCACCAAAGUUAAAUGAAUUUGAUAACAAUCUAAAUGAAAAUAAUAUUUAUGAAGCAAAUUUACCAUAUUUAAUAAAUAUAGAAGACGAUGAACCAGAACGAGAUGUUCUUACAGAGAUCAAACAAUCAUUACAAACUUAUGAAUAUGAUCAUAAUCUAUUAAAGAUUAUUUGGAAGACAAUAGUAACUGUAGCUGCUACUGUAGAUAAAAGUCUAAGUGAGCAACUCAUUAAAGCUUUAUGUGAGUUUGUAAAAUCACAAUUGAAAAAUUUACCAUUAAUUGAAGCAAGUUAUAAAUUAGAAAAUUUAUUGAAAAAUAGCAAUGUAUUAACUAUGGAAAAAUCAAUUGAAAUAUUUGAUGAAUUUUUAGUAUAUACACAAAUAAAAUCAGUUUUCUAUCGACUUCUUCUGCAUCCAGGCAUCAAUGAAGAAAAACUGGUCGAAUUUAUAUCUCCAAUUUGUGAACUAGCUAUUCGUGUACAAAAUAUUGAAUUAGUAGUGUUUUUUGAUGAAGUAAAUACAUCAUCAUGUCUUGGUUUAUUUAAAGAAAUGUUUAUGGAUGGUACAUUACACGGUAAAAUUAUACCAAAAAAUAUUUUUUUUACUGCAGCGAUUAAUCCAUCGAAACCAUUAGAAACUAUCUCAAAUAGUUAUGAUCAAGAAACUUUUCAUGUUCAUCGCUCUGAUUAUCUUGUUCAUCAAUUACCUGAAUCAUUAGAAAAUCUAAAGAUUAUAUAUGGUAUUCUUAAUCGAAAUACAUUAGAAGAUUAUAUUAUGCAGAAAAUAGACACAUUUACUAUUAGUUCACUUAAAAAUCCGUGUCAAUCACUACCACUCGAAAAAUAUGCUCAAGAUAUGCUGAUGCGAUCAAUUCUAAAUGCACAAGAUUUCUGUGAAAAACAUCUCGGACGCAAUUCUGUAUCACAAAGAGAAAUUCAACGAUGUUUUAAUUUAAUUGAUUUCUUUUGGAAAUUGAAAUAUAAUAAUGAUGAUGAACCCGAUGCUUCACAAUGUAUAGCUUUAUCAUUAGCAUUGAUCUAUUAUUUUCGUCUUCCGACUAAGGAAGAUAAAAGUCAAAGAAAUGACACCACUACGCCAUCACGUGAAGAUCUUGGAGAUGUUCUCGAUCGAACUUUACCCGAUUUUUGUCGAACAGUUCAAGAUGAACUUGAAAAUUUUGUUAAUACUGAAAACUUUUCCAUUCCAGCAGGUGUAGCAGUUAAUCAAGCUAUUCGUGAACAUAUUUUUGCUAUCGUUGUUAGUGUUGCUACACGAACACCUUUGUGUAUUAUAGGGGCACCUGGUCAAUCAAAAACUCUUUCAUUUCAAAUUGUUUUACAAAAUUUACAAGGUCCUCAAUUAUCAACAACAUCCUUUUGUCAACGUUUACUAGCAUUAGAUCCAUUCUUUUGUCUCGGAUCAAAAUAUAGUCGAUCAGAAGACAUUGCAUAUGUCUUUGAUCGAGCUAUUAAACGUGAAGAACAAUAUCAAAAAAUUCGAAUCGAUAGACGAUGUGUGGUUUUCUUAGAUGAAGCUUCUUUGCCUGAUGAAAAUAAAAUGGUAUUAAAAGUACUACAUCCUUAUUUAGAUGGAUGCCAGGUAUCAUUCAUCGCGAUAGCAAAUAAAUCUUUCGACGCUGCAAAUGCGAACCGUAUGAUAUGUGUUUAUCGAUCUUUACCAUCACAAAUAGAACAACAAGUAUUGGCUUAUGGUUGUCUUGGUCUACCAUUUGAUAAGAAAUCAUCACACAACAAAAAUGAUCUCGAUAAUAUUAUUAUUGGAUUAUGUGAUGGUUAUCGAGAGUUACUUCUUAGACAAGAUAUUCCAAAUAUAUUUCAUGAUCGAGAUUUUAUUUAUAUGUUAAGAGAAUUAAGAUUUGAAUUAUCAGCAGCUACAUCCACAAAUAAUGACGAAAUAAAAUUGAAUGGAAUUCAGCCGAAUGCUUUAUUACGUGCAUUAGAAGACAAUUUCAAUGGUAUUAAUCAGGAUCAAUUUAAAUCAUUAAUCGACAUCUUUUUCAAAGCAGUACAAAACAAAUCUUUGAGAUUUCGUUUACCAACAGAAAGACCUGGUAAAAAAAUUUAUCGCGAUGUUCCAACUAUUCUUCAUGAAUCUAUGAAACUUGAUUCGAAACGUCGUCGUCUCUAUGGACGUUAUAAAUUAGUUAUUGACGAAUCUGAAGAUGAAAGUGCUAUUCAUCUUUUAUUACAAGCCGGCAUUCUUGAUGCAGAUCCAAAUCGAACGACUGUCUUUCGAAUGUCUGAUUUUGUUGAUGAUAUUGACAAUGAACUAAAUGAUGUAGAAAUUCUUUCCAGUAUUAAAUUAUGUAUGGAAAUGGGUAAAACUAUUUUGAUGGUGAAUACAAGUCGAAUACAUGAUUCAUUAUAUGAUGUUUUUAAUCAAAAUUUUUCAAUUAUGGCAACAGGUGAUACAAGAAAAAUCUUUUCAAAAGUAUCUAUUGGAGCAAAAACCAUCGAUGUUGUUGUACAUGAAAAUUUUCAAUGUAUAGUACAUGUCAAAAGAAAUGAACUGCAGACUAUUCCUGCUCCAUUUCUUAGUCGUUUCCAAAAAUAUUCAUUAAGUAUCAAUGAUUUCUAUCGUAUUCGGCUGCAAAAACUAUCAAAAAACGAACAAGAUAUAUUGAAAUAUGUCGCCAGUAAGGCACAAUCAUUUAUUGUACAUUUUGGACGAGAAUAUUUCUAUAGUUUAAAUGACAAUACAUUAUAUUCAUGUCUCUUAUCAUUGAUUGAGAUGAAAAGUGAUGGAAAAUAUUCAUUAUAUCCAAUAUCUCAUCAUUAUACACAACUGAGUCGUCAAAUGAACUCAUUCAUCGAAAUAAAUCACUGUGAUAUACAAAAAUCUUUACUUCGUAUUGUUCUUAUGAAAUUAAUUCAACUCGUUUCACCAGAGUCAAUCAUUUUAAAACUACGAACAUUUGAAGAUAAAUUUGCUCAAUGGUUAUCAAAUGUAUAUUUUCAUGAACAAGAACAUUUUAACAUAGAAAACUUCUUGCAACGUUUAAUUUCUAAUACAUCAGAAACAAUAAGAAGCAAUGGAACUGUGGAUAAUGAUCGGGAUGAACGAAAAGUUUUUUGUCUAACAAAACUAAUGAUAUUUACUCGAACAUCAUCUUAUAUUUUGAGUAUGAAUCAACGCUCUAAACAAAGUUUUAUUCGUACGAAUUAUCGUAAUGAUCAAGAUAAUAUAUUACAUGCAGAUAGCAAAAUUGUGGAGAUUUUGAACUUAAGUAUUAUUGAAAAUUCUAGUCAACUAAAAAAUAAAUUUGAUGAAUUUCGAAGUAAUCUUCAAAAAAUUAUCUUUAUUAUUACUAUUAAUACUCAUUUUGAUCAACAACGUCUGCAUAUUCCAUAUAUUCGACAAUUAAUCGAUAGUACUGAAUAUGCUUAUAACGUGAAAAAUGCUCCAAAUUAUAAAUAUUUUCUAAUGUUAAUUCAUUCUCCAGCUCAAGAUUUAUAUCAUCAAUCAUGUUUUCCAUCAAUAUUUUUACACAACUGGGAUUUUUAUUUUUUUGAUACCUGUGCUACUGGUAGUGCAUUUUAUCUACAAAAACUUUUACAAUUAUUAUCACCGAAUCAUGAAUUAGAAGUAGAACAAGAUAAUACAUUUUGUGAUCUAAAUGUUCUGUUUGAAGAUUGUUUGUGGGCAUUCUGUUCACGAAUUCAAAUUUUAGCACCUAAAUUACCAAGAACUAUGUUUAGAAACACGUAUACUUAUGAAUUUUAUCAAUGCAAUAUAAAUACCAUCCGGAAAGUUAAAUGUUUAAGAGAAAUUCUAGGAGAAUCAUCAGAAUUACAAAAACUUUUAGUAAACAUCUAUCAUCAACAUUUAUUAACAACAAAAAACUCUUCAAAGAAAAUUUAUGAUUUUAUUUAUCAAAUUUCUAAAGAUAUUUUAUGUGGAAAACGUUUUGAUGGGCUUGUUGAAUCAAUUCAAAUGGAAACUCGACAUUCAUUUAUGAAUUUUGUUUUAAAUAUUUUCAAAAUUAUUGUUAAUAAUUAUGGAUUAGAAACUGUGUAUCAGUUAUCAAAUAAUCGGCAAAUUUAUGGUCCUUUACUUAAUUUAAUUGAUUUUCAUUCAUUUGUUAUUGAAAAUGAUAAUGACAACAUGUUUGCUUCUCAAACUAAACAAGAUCUUAUUCAUUUUACUACAAAUUAUUCAUGUAUACCUCAAACUCCUCUAUUUCAUUUAUUUCAUCAACGUAUUAGAUCACAUGCUAAUGUUAUCAAAUCAAAAUAUAUUCAUCAUAACCAGACUAUACAAUCUACAGAACAAAACCGAAAUUCAGAAGAUGAUAGUUCUAAUGAUUUUUCCAAUAUUACCACUACUUCUAAUAAUCCAUACAACGAUGAUGAUAUGACUUCUCUAACAUUCGAACGUUUUCGAUAUGAACUUCUUACUUUCAUUAAAAACGAUAAAAUUUUAUCUGAUAGUAUAAAUAGUAUUACUGUUUAUUCGUAUUCGAAAGAUCUUGUGAGUACAUCUUGUGCGAUUAUUGAAAACAAUUUUGAUUAUGAUCCAAUUCAAUAUCAACAAACAGUGGAAUUUAUUUCACGAUGGUUAUCACUUAACGAUCAGAAUGAUUGUCAAUUAAAUACAGAUGAAAUUGAUCAGAAUAUAUGGUUUCUUGUUCAUAUUUACACAACAUUUGAAUAUGAACAAACUGAUCUUCUUUCGAUGUAUACGGCUUGUCGAAUAAUGCAUCGUUUUCAAUCAACACAAUCACCAUUUAUUUAUUUAUUCUCUAAACAAUCAGUCGAUCGUUCUGAGCUUCGUGAAAUCUUCUUUCGUUCUAUUUUUGAUCAAUUAUGGUCAAAUCUUUGUCAAUUGUCUUCUGAUAACAAAGAAAAUUAUAAAACAUGGAUUUAUACAUAUACAUUUAUUUCAAAAUAUUAUCCAUCCGAAAAAGUACUACGACGUAUGCAACUAAUCGAAAUUAAAUGUCAGAUUCAGUUGAUGAAUUUGAUUUAUUUGCUAUUUCUAAAUGAAAAAAUUUAUGAACCACAAAAUUUAGUAACGAAUUUAUUGGAGAAAAUACAAUUAAAUCCAAGAUCCGAUUGUUUAUUAUUAUUACCAAAGAUUAUUGACGUUAUUCAAGAACAAAAUCUCGAUAAUUCAACAUGGAUGAUAGAUAUGCAACAAUGGAUAAUAUCCAUUUGUAAAUCAUCACAACAACCAUCAGAAGAAACACUACGAUUUUUACUUAUUUAUUUAAAUCAAUCGACAACUUAUCUUUCAUUACCAAUGAAACAAUUUUUAUUCGAUCAAUUGAUUGAAUUAUUAUCGAAAACAAAAGACGAUAAAGAAUCAAAAUCAGAUUUAUGGAAUCAUUUUAGUAUGAUUUCAAUCCUCAUUGAAUGCGUAUCAAAUGUUGAUCAUUAUCAAAUUCCGUUUCAUCCAUUAAUUGAAACAAACGAUCAAUAUGAAAAAACACAAGUACUUUUAUUUGAUCUUUACUUUUUUCAUCUCCGUAAUCUACUAAAAUAUCAGAAUAUCACCAUUGCAUUCUUAAAUAAAGGUAUGUUGCUUAAACUAUCAAAAAUAGAUGCAAAAGAAAAGAAAAUUAUGGCUGAAAAUUUAUUUGAACAACUGAAGAAUUAUUUUCUUUCGGUAGUCACAGCUCUGUUGAUUAUUAAUAUCGAGUCAGAUCAAGCUAAUGUCGAUGCAUUUCUCAAUGCAUUAUCGACCUUAAUGCACGAUCUUUUCUUUAUUGAUUCUACAACAGAAUAUCUUCCUAAUUAUCUUAAACUUUUUCUUUCAACCAUUAUAUCAAAACGUUCUUGGGAUUAUUUAUUCAACUUUUUACGAUCUGAAAAAUUACGAAUAAUUAAUAAAGACUGGACAACAACUCUUUAUCGAUUACUUCAAUUAAAUGAAACUGACGAUCACAAUUCGAAUUUACAAUUAUCACAUCAAAUACAAUUUACUUUUUCAAUGAAUGGAAAUAAAUCCUCGAUCUUUUCUAACCUUCAUCAACCUUAUGAACAAUUACGAACAAUGAUAAAAACAUCUAUUCAGAAGUAUAAUGAUGAAAAUUCAUGGGAAGAAUUAAUUUCUUGGAUGAGAAACCUACUAGACUGUGAACAUUCGGAGAUUCAUAACAAUCAAUUUAAAGCUAUGUUACUCUUAAAUAUUUAUUAUGAUUAUUAUUGUACUAAUCGAUUAGAAUCGAUACGACCAUUGAUUAAUAUUCUUCAAGAAUCAUCAUUUUUUUCUGAAAAGGAAUUAAGUGUAUUUCGUGCUCUAGUAGAUCCUGAACAAUACAUAAUAGGCUAUAACUCUCCUGAUAACACUAACUCAAUAAACAAACUCUUCAAUAUGAAUUGUCAGACUGAAUUUGAAGUAUCUUUACGUCAUGUAUUAGUAAAUUUAAUGGCAAUGAUUUUAUCAAGUGGUGCACGAUCAUUUCUUUGGACAUUUGUGUUUGAUCCAUUGACUCUAGAAAAGACAUACGGUUUUGGAUCGACUUAUCAAUCAACAAUUGAACGGAAUGGUCUCCAUUAUGAUUGUGGAUGUGUUAUUUCUCAGGAUGGAGUUUUGGAGCGGCCUCUCAGUACGAGAGAUGAUCGCGGACUAAGUGUUCCAGCUGUAUACGUCGCUUAUUUUUCUACAUUUGGCGCAUUAGCAUGGCAUUUACUAUUGUGCGAUGACUCAGUCGACAAUUUGUGUGGUCCAGUCUUAUCACCAUGGGCAAUCAAUACCACUGCUGAUGAACAUCAUGAAACUGAUCAAAAUAUGUUGACUAAAAUCUGUCAUUUUGUCUAUGCUAGAUUAUUAUCAACAUUUCAUUUCUUAUCUGUUCAAUUAAAUCAUGACGAUGCCUGCCUUCUAUUAACUCGUUGUUUUGAACAGAUGGCUUAUCUCACUAAAUGUGAACAGGAAUGGAUUCAACCAGUGUAUACAACAUUUAAUGAAAAACAAAAUGCAGAACAAGAAUUUGAGAAAAAUGUAUUCUAUUUUGUAUUUAAUAAAUUAGUCGAUUAUAAAGCUGAUAUCAAUCAGAGAGUUCUCCAAUCACAAAUUCAAGUUAAUCUUCAAAAAUUUACCGAUCAAAUGCCAUUGGUUUUAGACUUUCAACAUUUUCAAACAGCACUUCACCAUUCAAAAACACGAUCCUCAUCAGAUUUCAGACUUUUACGAUUUAUUUUGGAUUCGUUUAACAUUCUAAAAGUGACAAAAAUAAUUAUUCCACUUGCACAAUUUUAUCUUCUUUUACAUCAAACAUAUAUACAAUUAAUUAAAAGCGAUGAAUUAUUAACACUUUCUUUAAAAGAAUUAUAUGAACGUGCUGAAAAAUGUUCUGAUCAAUUCUAUAAUUCAUUUAAUCAGAAUGAAAAAGAAAAUCAUCGAGUCAUCAUUCAAGAUGGUAUUGAUGCAGUUAAUAAUUAUCAUAAAUUUGCAUAUGGACUUAUUCAACCAGGUGUUUGUAAUCAAACUCAACGAUUUGAGAAAAUAGAUUUUGAUACACCAGUUAACUAUUUACUGACAACCAAUAACUCAGAUGAAGGCAAUAUUAUUAUGAGAAUACUCAGUAUUUUAGUUAAUUAUCAUAAUCAUAUUUUGAAAUUAUUAUCAAUAGAAAUGAAUACAAAUAAAGGUUAUGAAAAUAGUAUUUUGAAAUUUUUAGUAAAUGAUAUAACCUCGAAAGAGAUUUCAAUUUUACAAGUAGUUAGUUACGGUAUUGGUAUUAUUUUAUUAGAUGACCAAGAUUGUAAAUGGAUCGAACGACUAUGUCAAGCAAGUAUUACUAGUGAUGAACAAUAUGCUUUUAUUAAUGUUAAUUCAUUAUUUACAUUUGAUUUUGGAUAUAUUCAAUCUCAAAUUAUUCAUAUAUAUUUACUCUUCUGUCAAAUUAAUCAUCACCAUAUUAUUCAAACAUAUCAAUGUUAUACUGAGCAAUUAUCAACGAAUUUAACGAUAACAGAUAAUGAAAAUUUAGACCUAGAUGAAAAGUAUAUGUUACCAUUUAAUGACGAACAAUUAGACUAUGAAUGGAACUAUUUGAAAAGUAUAUCUUUAGAUAAUCUUUAUCAUUCUUACACAUUAUUAAAACAAAUUGCGUCAACAUUAAAAACAUCUUUGAAUGAUAUAAAUCAAUCAGAUAGUCUUUUUGAUUUUCUUCAUUUAACUGAUCAAGAUAAUGAUAUUCUUGAAAGAAUACAACACUGUGGAACCAGAGAUUUUCCUUUAUGUCAUUUUAAUCACGUUAUUAAAUUAUAUGCUCAAUCAAUAAAUGGAUUUGAACACUUAUUUACUGAUAUAUCACCUUUAUUACGUAUCCCUAUUGAUACUCAACUAGAUAUUGAAUUAACUAAACAAUUCAAUGAACAAAUACUACAUACGAACAAUGAUAAUAAUAUUGAAAAAUAUCAAACAAUGAAUCAAACAAUAACAGAAUUUCUUAAUGAUUUAAAAAACUCAAAAGAUUUGAUUCUACAACAAUCUUCUCAAUCUUUUGUAGAAACUUGUCAUCAUUUAUCAAUAGAUAAUCCUAUUUUGAAAUGGAUACCAUCAGAAAUUCGUUGUGAAAAUUAUGUACCUUUGAAUAUUCAUUUAAUUCGAAUACGGUCGAUACUUCAAGAAACAAAAGUUAAUGUAGAGGAGAAAAUGAUAAUUUUAUGGCAAGAGGAGACAGAAAUCCAAAGAAACGAUAUAGAUGGAAUUUCAGAAUCUGAAGAAACAAAUGAUCAAAGUAACUUAUCUUCAUUAUCUUCAUCAAGACAAAAUUCAACUAACGAAAAGAAUUCACGUUCAUCAUCAUUACAUGAGCCAGAAAUUUCUGAUUUUGAAGAAUUUCUUGUAUAUGAUUCAUUAUUUCAGUUCGAUAUAAAACUAGUACCAUGUUCAUCAUUUACAUUUUUACAACAGUUACAUGAGCAUCGAACAGAACGUAUCACAGAACCUGCAGCUGUAAGCAAUGCACCGAAAUUUAUAGUUACACUUCCAGAUGGAAAGCCGAUCACAAUUAUGUGUAAAUUAGAUAAAUGGCAAGCACGUCUAAAAAAGAUCUUUGAUGAUAAACAUUAUGAUUACAAUGAAUUUGCAUUAAUUGAUGAAAACGAAAUAUUUGUUGAUUUGAAUAUGGAUAAUUUUAUUUUAUUACAAAAAUCACCUGCUGAAUAUCGUAUUGUAAAAAAAGAAAGUUUAGUUUCUGUGAAAUUUCACUUUCGCUCAUCAGAGAUCGAAUAUGUUACAACUACCACAAAUCAAAUAGGAACGAUAAUAAAACAUUUUAUCGAUAAUAUUCAAUCAAAUAGUAUUACUAAUGAUACAUAUCUUGGUUUUCGUAAUCAAUAUGGCGAAUAUAUAGAAGAUGUUUCUGUAGGAAAUCUAUAUAAUAACAAUGACAAAAAAGUUGACAUUACAGUUAUUGAAAAGACAUUUGAGAACAAUACCUUAUGGGAAAUAAGUUUAAAUGAACUAAAAAUCUUUUUGGAUUUGGAAUCAACAUGGGAACAUGUCGAAAAAUGGUUGAAAGAUUUUUGUCGAAAAAAUGAUAUUUCGAUUAAUGAUUAUGCAUUUUUAUUGGUAAAAGAACGAAUAAUAUUUAAGAAAACUGAAUCAAUUGGGUCAACAAUAGAUACAAAACAAUUAAAUCUAAUUGAUGUUAUUAAUCAACAAACAGUUACUUCUAUAACUCUUUCAUACGAAAAUAAACAUGAAAGUUUACAGAUUUUAACAUCGAUGAAAGUCAUUCAAUUAUUGAGAAACAAUAAUCUUCGAGAGAAAUUAGAUAUAAAUGAAAAUACAUUGAAAAAUUUUAUGAUGAUAUUAGAAAAAGAAAAUGAAUGUUUAACUCUUUCUGAAGAGCAAAUGCAACAAACAAUCGAAACAUAUUGUUCAACAACGAAUAAUUUACUUCAUUUUCGAUUAUUUAUACCAACAACUAUUGUAAUAAAUUAUAAUGAAGAGAAGAUUUCAUUAGUUUUGCAAACACGAAAUAUUACUAUUCGUGAAAUAUUACAAAUGAUGGAUGAAUCAAUGAUUGUUCGUCGAUGCUUAGCUUUGAAAAAAACAAAACGAGUUUUACAUGAAAAUGAAAUUCUUUCAGAUUUAUCCGAAAAUGAAUUUUAUUUGAUUGAUAAAAAGGAUAUAUGCCGUGUUUGUAUUGGGUUAUCAGAAGUAAAUAUUAAUCAAUGUUUUACCAAUAAUGCUACAAUUAACGAUAUGUGUAAAGAACUUAAAAUCAAUCUUGAAACUCAACAUGUAAUGUAUUCAAAUGAAAUUAUUUUAUCAUCGGAAAUUUCAUUAAGUUGUUUUCAAUCAGAAACACCAGUUUGUUUUUCUAUUACUGAAACAAAUUUCCCCAUUCGUAUUACAGUGAAUAACGAUCAACAACAUAAAUCAAUUACAUUCUAUUGCAAUUCUUCGAUUACUAUAGAACGUCUUUGUUCUCUUUGUUGUCAUUUGAUGUGUGUAAUCAAAGAUACUGCUGAAUUAACAUUACCUGAUGGAACAACGAUCGACAAUGAAAUUUCUUUAAUGGAUAUUAAUGAUACAAUGACAGAAAUAGAGUUACAACUGAUCGCUGCACCGUGUUUAUCUUGUUCGAUUACAUGUUCAGAUCGCACCAUAGUAUUACCUUGUCGAUCAGAUCAAUUGAUUUCAACACUUGUCAAUAAUCUGCUCGAACAGCUCUCGAUUUCAUCUGAUCUAAUGGAAACAUAUACAUUGUUUGCCUUAGACACAGAAGAAACUGAAAUUGAUUUCGAUAUAUCAAUUGAAGAUAUAAAAGGAUUAUUUUCUUCAUCAUCGUCUUCAAUCAUUAGCGUUGAACUGAGAAAAUGA